UAGGUGAACAUUUCUACCACUAUGAGGAGUUCGGAAUACAGCCACCAUGUGGUCAGGCCCUGACAAAGGUCGGAGGGUUUAUAAACUGACGGUUUCAGCUUUUUCUGCGUAUUCACUCCGUGGGCAGUCGAACUCAAACAUGGCACUGGAUCCAAGGGCUUUGGGAGGCAAGUCGGGGCAUAACUUUGCCAACUGGGCGAAGACGUACACGUGUCAGCCAGAGGCUUAUUUUGAGCCCAAGACUACAGAUGAAAUGAGAGAAAUUCUGUCAUGCGCCCAGCAGAGAGGGAAGAAGGUUAAGGUUGUGGGGUGUGGUCAUUCGCCGUCUGAUCUGGCCUGUACAACAGAUUACAUGAUCUGUCUGAGACAUUACAACAGACUUCUAAAGGUGGACAAGGAGCGGUCUCAGGUGAAGGUAGAAGGAGGGAUGCUUGUCAGAGAUCUCAACGAUUCCGUCCUCAAUCCUAACGGCCUAGCACUGAGCGUAUUAGGUUCCAUCUCUGAUAUUUCCAUAGCUGGCACGAUCUCUACAGGCACUCAUGGCACGGGGGAACGAUACGGGACGUUAUCCUCAUAUAUUGUUGAGCUAGAGCUGUUGACGGCGUCGGGUGAGAUACUGGAGAUAAGUGCAGACAAGAACCCAGAAUUACUUCCGGCCGUGCGCUGUUCUCUAGGGUGUCUGGGCAUCAUACUGAAUGUGACCAUACAAUGCGAGCCCGCCUUCAGACUCCACCAGAAAACAUACCCCAGUAAACUUAAUGAUAUACUGGAGAACCUGCAGGUGCAUGUGUCCGCCUCCGACCAUUUCCGCUUCCUGUGGUUCCCACACACAGAGGAUGUGGUUGUGUCCCACGUCAACAGAACAUCCAAGGACAUUUGUAACAAGUCCAGCUGGUUCUGGGAUUACGGUAUUGGUUACUACCUGCUGGAGUUCUGUCUCUGGAUCAGCACAUUCUUUCCUAGGAUUGUACCAACCAUAAACCGUCUGUUCUUCAAACAUCUCCAUUCUCAAGUCCGAGAGAAGGUGGACAGGAGUGACGUCAUCUUUAACUUCGAGUGCCUGUUCAAGCAGUACGUUAUGGAAUGGGCCAUCCCAAGACAUGCUACUGCCUGGGUAUUGAAGGAACUGAAGGCGUGGAUAGAAAACGUGAACUACCCGGCUCAUUUACCCAUAGAGGUUCGCUUUGUUCAACAGGACGACAUUUACCUGAGUCCUGCGUACGGUCAGGAAUCCUGUUAUAUUAACAUCAUCAUGUACAGACCUUACGGGAAGUUGGUGCCCACUGAUAAAUACUGGGAUGCCUUUGAGAAUAUUGUGAACAAAGUUGGAGGAAGACCUCACUGGGCAAAGGACCACAAAGUGGGACCUCAGAGAUUCACUCAGCUCUACCCUCACUGGAACACAUUCUGUCAGAUCAGGAAGAGACUUGAUCCAAACGGCAUGUUCCUUAACAAUUACCUGGAGAGGGUGUUUGGUACAGCAUGAAUGUGUCGACUGUCACAUCACCUUAUUGCUGGACUCAAGUAUUCCAAAAUACUUCAUCAGUGUGUAACUUUGAGCACACCGUUAUUCAGUAUUUUGAUGUGCUGCACAACAGUUUUCAGUAUAUGAUAAACCAAAUACAAUUUACAUCUGGACAAACAAGGAGGUUUACCUGACUUGAAACCAUGAAUUCUGCAUCAGGCUGUGAUGUGUUCAGUAUGUUAAUA